CUGCUAAAGCACACAGUGUUGUACUGCGUCUGAGUGACGAUCUCCAACAACUACAACCUCCUGUUGCACUUCGCAGCGUAACACCAGGAUACAGGACUUGUGUGUCUCUCUUGCUGCUGAUUUAAUCUGACUUCCCUGCUUUCUGCAGAAUCCAUGAUCAGUUUCAGUCAAGGAUAAAGACAACAGCUUUCCUGUAUGAGACAAAAUGCCAACUGGAUCAGUCAAACUGCAAAGCAUUAAAAAACUGGGACAGGAAAACCACAGCUAUGAGGUUUCACAUGACGAACCAAAUGACUCAUACAUGACAAUAACGCAAUCUAAUAAGGAUGAAAAAGCUCAGAAAAAAGCAGAACAACCGGCCAUCAGGGUCGGCUUCUUUCAGCUGUUCCGUUUUGCCUCAUGCAAAGAUGUGCUGAUGAUGGUGGUGGGCAGUGUGUGUGCGGUGCUGCACGGCUCGGCCCAGCCCCUCAUGCUGCUGGUGUUCGGUCUGCUCACCGACACCUUCAUCGAGUAUGACAUCGAGCUGAACGAGCUGAGCGAUGACAGGAAGGAGUGUGUGAACAACACAAUCCAGUGGAAGAACCUAACUGCAGUGGUGCUGAACCAUUCAGACUGGAGCCUCAUGAGCAAUUCGACAUGGGAGCCCAGGCCGUGUGGGCUUCUAGACAUCGAGUAUGAAAUGACCCAGUUUGCCUACUAUUAUGUUGGAAUUGGAGCAGCUGUGUUCGUGCUUGGAUACUUUCAGAUCUCACUGUGGGUGACAGCCGCUGCCAAGCAGAUCCAGCUCAUCAGGAGAAUGUACUUCAGUAAAGUGAUGAGGAUGGAGAUCGGCUGGUUUGACUGCACGUCUGUGGGUGAACUCAACACUCGCAUGUCAGAUGAUAUCAACAAGAUCAACGAUGCCAUCGCGGAUCAAGUUGCCAUUUUUUUGCAGCGCUUCACCACCUUCGUGUGUGGCUUCUGCAUUGGCUUUGUCAAAGGUUGGAAGUUGACUCUUGUCAUUGUUGCAGCAAGUCCUCUCAUUGGUAUUGGAGCUGGUUUUAUGGCUCUGUUUGUGGCUAAGCUGACAGGGAUGGAGCUGCAGGCCUACGCUAAAGCUGGAGCUGUGGCUGACGAGGUCCUCUCCUCCAUCAGGACCGUGGCUGCUUUCGGUGGGGAGAACAAAGAGGUGCAAAGGUAUGACAGGAACCUGAUCUCAGCGCAGCGCUGGGGCAUCAGGAAGGGUCUGAUUAUGGGCUUCUUUACUGGAUAUAUGUGGCUUAUCAUCUUUUUAUGCUAUGGACUGGCCUUCUGGUAUGGCUCUAGUCUGGUGGUGGAUGCUGCCGAGUACACACCAGGAACACUACUGCAGGUGUUCUUUGGUGUUUUGAUUGCGGCAAUGAAUUUGGGACAGGCCUCCCCUUGUCUGGAGGCAUUUGCUUCAGGCCGUGGCGCCGCCACCAUCAUCUUUGAGACUAUUGACAGAGAGCCGGAGAUCGACUGUUUAUCCGAGGCUGGAUAUAAGCUUGACAGAGUCAAAGGGGACAUCGAGUUUCACAAUGUGACCUUCUACUACCCGUCCAGACCCGAAGUCAUGACACUGGACCAGCUCAGUGUUGCAGUAAAAACAGGAGAAACCACAGCCUUUGUUGGUCCAAGUGGAGCUGGGAAGAGUACAGCUGUUCAGCUCAUCCAGCGCUUCUAUGACCCAAAAGAGGGCAUGGUGACUCUGGAUGGCCACGACAUCAGAGGACUGAACAUCCAAUGGCUGCGCUCACUGAUCGGCAUUGUGGAGCAGGAGCCUGUGCUGUUUGCCACCACCAUCGCUGAAAACAUACGCUACGGUCGACCAGGCGUCUCUAUGGAGGACAUCAUCACCGCUGCCAAGGAGGCCAACUCCUACAACUUCAUCAUGGACCUGCCACAGAAAUUUGACACCUUGGUGGGUGAGGGUGGAGGUCAAAUGAGUGGAGGUCAGAAGCAGCGCAUUGCCAUCGCUCGAGCACUGGUCAGGAAUCCUCGCAUCCUGCUGCUGGACAUGGCGACCUCUGCCCUUGACAAUGAGAGUGAGGCUAUAGUUCAAGAGGCUCUGGAUAAAGUUCGCCUGGGUCGCACCACCAUCUCCAUCGCUCACCGACUCUCCACCAUAAAGAACGCUGACGUGAUCGUUGGGUUUGAGCAUGGACGCGCGGUGGAGAAGGGCAAGCACAAUGAGCUGCUGGAGAGGAAGGGAGUCUACUUUACGCUCGUUACCCUGCAGAGUCAAGGAGACAAGGCCCUGAACGAGAAGGCUCGACAAAUGUCUGAAAAAGAAGAAGAGCCAGCGAGGCUGAAUAUAUCCAGAGCAGGAAGCUACCGUGCUAGUUUGAGAUCCUCAAUCCGCCAGCGCUCCAGGUCCCAGCUGUCCAACCUGAUCCCAGAGUCUUCAGUUCCCAUCGUUGGAGAGCUUGGCCCCAGAGCCUACUCUGUCUCACAGGCAGAUAAAUCCAAGAAUGUCCCAGAGGAGGAGGAGGAGGAGGAGGAAUUUAUAGAACCUGCUCCGGUUUCCAGGAUCCUGAAGUACAACUUACCUGAGUGGCCCUAUAUGCUUUUUGGAUCCAUCGGUGCUGCAAUAAAUGGAGGAGUCAACCCUGUCUACUCUCUACUCUUCAGUCAAAUCCUUGCCACGUUCUCAGUAACCGACCCUGUGGCUCAGAGGAAGGAGAUUGACAGCAUCUGCUUGUUCUUCGUCAUGGUCGGUGUGGUCUCUUUCUUCACCCAGAUGCUGCAGGGUUACGCCUUCUCCAAGUCCGGCGAGCUGCUGACCCGCAGGCUGCGGCGGCUCGGCUUCCAUGCCAUGCUGGGCCAAGAGAUCGGCUGGUUUGAUGAUCACAGGAACAGCCCCGGAGCACUGACCACACGUCUGGCUACUGAUGCCUCACAGGUUCAAGGGGCCACGGGCUCGCAGAUCGGCAUGAUCGUCAACUCUAUAACCAACAUCGGCGUGGCCAUUCUGAUGUCCUUCUUCUUCAGCUGGAAGCUCACAAUGCUCAUCCUCUGCUUCCUGCCAUUUAUUGCUCUGUCUGGAGGCUUCCAGGCGCGUAUGCUCACCGGCUUUGCAAAGCAGGACAAGCAGGCUAUGGAAGCCGCUGGACAGAUUUCUGGUGAGGCUUUGAACAACAUCCGCACCAUCGCAGGUCUGGGGAAGGAGAGGAAUUUUGUGGACAUGUACGAGACCCAACUCGUCGCUCCCUUCGAAGCCGCCUUAAAGAAAGCAAACGUGUAUGGCGCCUGCUACGGCUUCGCCCAGUGUGUCGUCUUCUUGACCAAUGCCGCCUCUUAUAGGUUUGGCGGUUACUUGGUGCGACAGGAGGGGCUUCAUUUCAGCCUGGUGUUCAGAGUGAUCUCGGCAAUCGUCACCAGUGGCACCGCCCUCGGAAGAGCCUCCUCCUACACCCCAGACUAUGCCAAGGCCAAGAUUUCAGCUGCACGUUUCUUCCAGCUGCUGGACCGUGUGCCUCAAAUCAGCGUCUACAGUGACAGGGGAGAGAAAUGGGAUAACUUCCAAGGGAACAUUGAGUUCAUUGACUGCAAGUUCACUUACCCCACCAGGCCAGACAUCCAGGUCCUGAACGGCCUGAAUGUGUCGGUGAAGCCUGGUCAAACGUUGGCCUUUGUGGGCAGCAGUGGCUGUGGGAAGAGCACCAGCGUGCAGCUGCUGGAGAGGUUUUAUGAUCCUGACCAUGGCAGAGUGCUGAUCGAUGGCCACGACUCAACCCGUGUCAAUGUGCCCUUCCUGCGUUCCAAGAUUGGCAUCGUGUCCCAGGAGCCCAUCUUGUUUGACUGCAGCAUCGCGGAGAACAUCAAGUACGGAGACAACUCCCGAGAAAUCGGCAUGAACGACGUCAUCUCUGCCGCCAAGAAAGCUCAACUCCACGACUUUGUUAUGGCGCUGCCCGAGAAAUAUGACACCAACGUUGGCGCUCAGGGUUCACAGUUGUCUCGUGGUCAGAAGCAGCGCAUCGCCAUCGCCAGGGCGAUCAUCCGUGACCCCAAGAUCCUGCUCCUGGAUGAGGCCACGUCUGCGCUGGACACUGAAAGUGAAAAGAUCGUGCAAGAAGCUCUAGACAAAGCCAGAGAGGGUCGGACAUGCAUCGUCAUCGCCCACCGCCUGUCUACCAUUCAGAACUCCAACACCAUCGCGGUCAUGUCCAGGGGCCUAUUAGUAGAGAAAGGAGCGCACGACCAGCUCAUGGCACUGAACGGAGCCUAUCAUAAGCUGGUGACCACGGGAGCGCCAAUCAGCUAACUGCUCAGGGAAACACGAUCUAAUGAGGAGCAAGGCAAUGGAGACUAAUGCGAGGAGCACUGUUUCAACAGAAGCCACACGUUUGCUUUAAAGGUCCAGUGUGUAAGAAUGUGCGCCAUCUCAUGGUGAGCCUGCAGAUUGUAACAGAAGUGGAGGACUUCCCCG